AUGAUGAAAUUCUCCAUUGCCCUCUCGAUGCUUGAAAGGGUGCGAGGGAUUCGAGAUGAGGAGACGAAGAUUCCCUCUUCUUCUUCUUCUUUUUCUUCUUCUUCUUCUUCUUCUUCUUCUUCCGAGCAUAGCAAUUUUUCAAUCUGGCGGAAAAUCAUCCUCCGCGUGACAAAACGAACAUCAAACCAGGUUGAAAAGGAGGAGGAAAAAGAAGAGGAAGAAGAGGAGGAAGAAGAGGAGGAAGAAAAAGAAGAAGAAGAAAGUUGGUGGUUCAUACCCCCCGCCCCGAAAUCUCUCAUCAGGCAGGAAGAGGAGGAGUUGAUGGGGAUGUUAUUGAAGGAAUUGGGGAUUCAGGGAAUGAGGGAGGAGAUUUGUAGUUUGGGGGAUUUUGGGUUGGGGGUUUAUGCUGCUCAUAAAGGUGAGGGGAAUAAGCAUUGGGAUGGGGAUGGGACGGAUGAGGGGGAUAAGGGGGAGAGGGUGAAGGAUGAGAGGGGGAAGGAUUCAGGGGAAAGUGGGUAUGUGGAGAAGAUGGGGGAGAGGAGGUUGGAGGCUAUGAGAUUUGGAUUUUGGGGAGUUCGGAGGGUUCUGGCAGGGGAGGAUGGAGAUGAUUUUGAGGAGGAGGAGGAGGAGGUGGAGAAGAUUGAAGGGGAGGGGAUGGAAGGGGAGGAAGAGGGGAUGGACGAUUCGGUGGGAGAUGAGGAUAUGUGGAGUGAUGUUGGAGAGGAGGGCGAUGAUUCUUCUUCUCCCUCUCCUUCCAAGUCGACCUUUUCUACGGCGUCGACUUUUGGUGCAUCGGGAUUGUCGACGCCGCCGCCGCCAGAUUACUGA